UUUACCACAUCCAUCAGGGGUGUUCUAAACGAGGCGAAAUCCCCCGAAUUUGUGCCAAUGCCAAACUCCCUCUUCCUUCGCCAAAUACGUACGGACGUGCCGCUUUUGUUGAGAACAAGCCGAUGUGGCCCAAAGGAAACAUUUCCGGCAAAUUGUGCAGAAAGCACACGACCGGUUAGAGGCACAUGGAACAGAGUACGCAACUGGUUUGGGGUUGUUCCAUCUCUUCGUCCCAAGGCCAAUAGACAUCGUAAAAGUGGCAUGGACCUCUGUGGCUGCCGUAGCAAAUCUCAACUGCAUUUGUUUUAAGCUCAUGAAAUACGCAAUAAUUCGGGAGAAUUGGUACAGCACGAGCUUCGCUCCACAUGAGUUGACGGGAAAUGAUCCUUGUGUUGCUCGCUUUCGGUGCCGCCGUUAGACAGUGGCCCCGCCUGGAUGUUGCUCAAUUGAUUGGCUUUCAGGGCUGGUUGGCACCGAUGAAGGUCGUUCUGCGACGGCGUGGUUUCACGCAGAGCGCCGGUAUUGGUGAUGGUAGUGAAUCAACCCUUAAAAAACGUGAUGCUGAAACACUCCGGAACAAUGUGAAAUGCCAGUUGCCGGGGUGCUCCAAUCCUGUUCACGUCGACCGCAAGAGCAACAAGGUGUUUGAUCACUGCUGCAGGGGCCAUGCCAUCCAGCAUCAAAACCCACUACAGCCUGCAAGCCAGUCUGCUGCGGACAUUUCAGAUUUCCAGCAACCGUGUUUGCUCCCGGGGUGUAAGUUAAUGGGAUUUGUAGACAAGACCACGGGAGUAAGCUACGACUACUGCGGCAAGGCCCACGCUAACGAGGCAGCAAUGCGAAUGUCCGGUGUAGCACCGAAGAUGGGCUCUACCACGACAAUGAUCGACCAUUCGGGCUUGCGGGCACCCUCCAGCGGCGGCGACACUUUCUUGCCACCGUGUAAACACAGCGGAUGCACGCGCCCGUGCGCUGCAGAUGCCAAGACUGGACUUGUCCACGACGUUUGCCAAACCCAUUUUUCUGGUGCUGCAAAUUCCACUACUUAUAUCGUUGCGGGCGGCACCUCAGCCGACUCGUUUGCGGCAAUGGGAGGGACGGUGGGCAUCAUCAAGAUCUCCUCUAUCGCGCAGGCGGCACCACCCCCGCCAUCAGCAUCUUCAGCAUCCGGCCGGGUGACGCUCCCGUCGGCGGUUUCGUCGGGUCAGUGUCAGCUGGACGGGUGCGCGAAGCUGAGCGCGAUCGACACCCGCACCGGUGAGCGUUACGAUUUCUGCUCCAGGCAACAUGCACAGCAGGCGAAGAACCCAGGCAAGGCAGGACCCUCCAAGACCGGCGGAUCGUUCUCGGCGGUGCCCGGAUCAGCAGUUUGUAUGUUGUUGGGGUGCGUCAAGCCGCAAGCGCCCGGCUACGACCACUGCUGCAAGGAUCAUGCAUUGGCGGCACGGAAAUAUAUCCCGAUGUGCACGCUGCGCGGGUGUGUCAAGGACGCGUGGUUCGACUCGAAGCGCAACCAGGUGAAGAACCUCAGGCGUGGGGUGUCUCCCACACUCUCUAUAGUUUUACUAAACCGCCCAUGGGACACCCAUGGGCAGCCCAUGGGUAGCCAAUGA